CGCCUUACGUUAGUUAGCAUCUAUGGUUAGCAUAAACAGCUAGCGUAGCCGUGUGUGUGUUAUGAGGUCUGAGCUUAUGCAGAUCUAGCAACCUAUCAAGACAAAUUCAGCAGAGACAAAUUUCUCACCUGUGGAAAGACCACUUUUAGGUAUUAUAUUCUGAAGGUCACAUUUCAUCUGGUACAGUAACACUGUAGCACCACUGGCAGUCCCGUGACCCAAGAAAAUAAUGUGCUGCAGCUGAAGAUGGGUGGUAGCGGCUCCAAAUCCAAAGGAUUUUGGCCUUUUUCUGGCUCAGGUAGUGUGGACGAUCCAACCAAAGAUGGAAACGAACAGUCACUGGCGAGAGUUCGAAGUUUCCCCGGUGCAACACCUUUUGUGUUUACGAGACGAAGCUCUAUGUUCUUUGAUGAAGAUGGCGACUUGGCCCACGAGUUCUAUGAAGAGACAAUUGUGACAAAAAAUGGACGUAAAAAAGCCAAACUGAAGAGAAUCCACAAAAACCUAACACCUCAGGGAAUUAUAAAGCUGGACCACCCGUGCAUCCAUGUAGAUUUCCCAGUUGUCCUCUGUGAAGCCUGAUGAUGUCUGAGGAGUUUCUCAGACUAGCCACUGUGUCAACUUCCGUCCUGUGGUUUCCCUACAGCUGGAAGCCUGAACCACCUUUUAAAAUAAAAUGAUCUCUUGAUAUAUUUGAUGCUCUUAUGUGGACAGGCCGAUGCAACAUGUGCUGAACCUCUGCAUGUGAUCUGUUUUUGGCUUGUGUGCAGACACAGAAUAGGUCACCAGUGGGAAUCUAGAAGGGUGCCAGGUUGGCAAAACCCGCGCAGUUUACAGAUCAUGGUUUGUGUGCAUGUAUGUGUGAAUGUGUGUGCAGACACGGGAUGAGACGUGACGAUCCUGAAUUUGUUGCUGCAGAUUGUUUUCUGGUAUGAUUCACUGAGCUCCAGGAGUUCAAGGAGAAUGUAACCAGUUCUUUCUCCUGUCACAGUCAUAUAUAUAUAUAUAUACUGUAUAUAUAUACACACACAUAUAUAUGUAGAGAGAGCAGGAAAGUGCACACUUUAGUUUUUUUGUUUGUUUUUUUUUGGACACCAUCAUGACUUGCUUUAUUAUGCAUGGAACAGGAUCUGCUUAUCGCCAACAGUGUUGACAAUCAGUGGCCCACAAAAUCUAAAGUGGAUUAAUGUCAUAAUGUUGGAUGGACUGGUUUCAGUGACCUCAGAGCCUCACGUGUACACAGCAGCAGUGAGUUUAAGAAGAGAUCCUGUUGUUUUCUUUGCUGGUUUAGCAUACUAUGGUUCUCUUUUAAUUUAUUAUAACUGUUUUUUAAUUACAAGUUGAAAUGCU